UUUUCCCCGCGGGCGGAAGUGGAGGCGCUGCUCUCGCCUGGUGGUUUGGCGGCCGGAGCGGGGCGACAGCGAGAAAGUCGCUUUGCUGCCAUGUCGGCGUUAGCUUUGGAGGAGCUGUCUGCCAUCGCUGCUAUUUACUGUGGGCGAGAAGAAUGCGAGGUGCUGGAAGUGUCAGAAACAAACGGAAUCUCAUUCAGGAUCCAGACCAGCGUGAAAGGACCUUCGGGCACAGACAUAUUGUUAAAGUUGUUGUUUCAUCUACCAGUCAGCUACCCAUCAAGCUUGCCAAACAUUUCUCUUAAUUCUGAACAACUUACAAGGACACAGUGUCUGGCUGUGAGAGCAAGAUUGCUCGAAGAAGCAGCAAGUCAUCUGUCUCAGCCCAUGGUACAUGAGUUGGUCCUCUGGAUAGAGCAGAAUUUUCAAUCUGUUAUUGAAGAAGCUGAAAUUCCAGCCUGUGGUGGGCAAAGUACUCUGUCAGUGAAAACACCUGAGGAUGAUGAGGUCUGGAAUGUCCUUUUGCAUUUAGACCAUAUGAGAGCCAAAGGAAAAUAUAUCAAAAUGGUUGAAAAAUGGUGUAAAGAACUUGACUUGGCGGGAAGACUGAUGUUUAUGGGCAAGAUGAUUCUCAUACUACUUCAAGGAGACAAGCGGAACAUUAAGGAAUACCUUAUCCUCCAAAAAACUAGCAAAGUGGAUGUGGAUUCGAGCGGAAAGAAGUGUAAAGAAAAAAUGAUGAGCGUACUCUUUGAAACAAAAGUACAGGCUGAACACAGAAGGUUUCAGGCAUUUGAAGUCAAAGAAUAUUCAACGUUGGAUGAGCUACAACAUGAAUUUGAGGCCGCAGGACUUGCCAAACUGUUCAGUGAGUUUGUGUCAGCUCAGUUGAAGUAAUUUUGAAGCAAGCCCACAGGACUGUGACUUAAACUGUCACUGAAUGUAUCAAAUGGAAGAGGAAGAUAACACGGAAGGUUUGGUGAUGAACAGGUCCUAAAGGUUUUCUGAAGCAAACUGUCACAAAAAAAAGCCAUCUCCUUACAGAAAGCGCAAGGCACUUUUCACAGUAGAACAGAUGUUACUUUGCUGUGUGCCCUGACAGCAUUUUGCUAGUAACUGUUGAAAGUUUCAGCAGUUGAUGUUUAAGAACUGUAGGUCAGGUGUGAAGGGAUUGCUAUUGUCCUUGGGAUUUGAAAACCUAAUUUUGCAUAUUUUUAUAUAUAUUUUUUCUGGCUAUUAAAGUUUUUUUUGCAUCAUAUUUUCAAAAAGUAAUGCUUAUAUGGUUUAGAGUUUGCAUUAUAAUUUAUUAAUUGAAAAAUAUAAGGGAUGAGACAUAAUUUUAAACUUUGCUCUUUUUUUAAAAUUUUAGGAAAGUGAAAUAAAAUAACUGUAGCAUUAUUUCCCAGAGGUCAGUUUUGCCCUUUCAUAAAAGUAGAGUUUCACCUUCUACUUAUAAAUUGGAUUUAAAAUUCACCUUACUUCAGAAGUUAAUUUUCAGUAUCGUGCUCUGGAAAUAGCAUCUAGUGUGGCUAAAAAGGCCAAUUUGAGAGUAGCAAUCCCUUCCACACUGAGGGCAGAUACAUUAUGUUCCCUGCCCAGCCCCCAGUUUUCGCUGGUUUCGGGACUGCCUCUUUGCCUCAGCCUGCCAAACAAGUGUCUCUUCGAAUUGGAGAAGGUUAUGCUGCGUCUUUAGCCUCCAAGCUAACGGAUGGGAGGUGAAGGUUUCCCAGUUGUUAAUGUCCAUUCCCAGGGCCUUUAGGUCCCUCUUGCAGAUAUCCUUAUAUCGCAGCUGUGGUCUCCCUCUGAGGUGCUUUCACAGCACUAAUUCUCCAUACAAGAGAUCUUUCGGAAUCCGACCAUCAGCCAUUCUCACGACAUAUAAAAUAUAUAAAAUAUAAGAUAAUAAAAUUCAUAAAGUUCUUUUUAAAAUGUGAAUGUGGUAGACUCACACAACCACUUCUGUUUUUUUCUAUAUGACCAUUGGUUCAGUAUAAUGUCUGCUUACUGGCUUAUGAAUAUCCUGCAGGUUUCUUAAGCUGAAUAAAAGCCCCAUUGCCUUUCACCAAAAUUAUUUCUUUUUAGCUGUUUGUUGAGUUUUGUAUAUAUAAUCAUUGUAGAGAUGUCUGAAAAAGAUGUCAUACCUUUGAUUAGGAAUCUAUUUUUUUUCAGUUCCUAUUAAUGAGGACGGUAGUAACUUUCUCAGUACUGUGGAAAUUGGGAAGAAUACCAUUCUCCUAAAGAUAGGGAUGAGUAAUUUGUAUUUCUCCAGAUGUUACUGAAUAACAACUUCCAGCUUACUGAGUAAGGCUACUGGGAUUUGUUCUUCAGCAAGAUUUGAAAAAAAACUGCAUCCUUGUUUUAUAUUUUCAUCUUGUUGACAACGGAAAUUAAGAAUUGAUCCCUUUAAUGUAGAGUUUUCUACUUUAAUGUAUAAUAUUUAACAAAAGUAGAUACCAAAUGCCACCGUUCAGGAGUUGAGCUUUAUUCUGUGUUCCAUAUUUAGGCCUGGUAUGCUUGCUUUUUUUUGCACUAAUAUUAUUACUCUUAUUUACCAAACUUGGAUAGAAUAAGUUGAUUGGAACAACUUAUUCUAGAAGCCUCAUGCUACCAUUUCUUAGGUAAGUGCAUCAAAGCUAGAAAAGCCAGAGGACUAUGUUGUUAAGAUUUUUGUCUAUACUUGGCAAGCUUCUUCCUGCCUGGUUGGCAGUGGUGAAAUUCGAUUUUUUUUUACUACUGGUUCUGUGGGCGUGGCUUGGUGGGUGUGGUGUGGCUUGGGUGUAGGAGGGGAAGGAUACUGCAAAAUCUACAUUCCCUCUCCACUCCUGGGGGAGGGAUAUUGCAAAAUCUCCAUUCCCACCCCACUCUGGGGCCAGCCAGAGUUGGUAUUUGCAGGUUCUCUGAACUACUCAAAAUUUUUGCUACCGGUUCUCAAAACUACUCAAAAGUCCCGCUACCGGUUCUCCAGAACCUGUCAGAACCUGCUGGAUUUCACCCCUGCUGGUUGGCAUCCAGUGAAUGAGGAAAGUGAGUUUAUUGAGGAAUGUCGCCAAAUGUCCUUUCUGGGCUUCCUUACUAGAGGGGGAUAGAUUUUGGGUCACAGUUACUUGUAUGACCUCCACUUUAAUAAGGACUCUAUGGGCUUAAUGGGUUAAAGAUGCUUGUCAUGUUCCCCAAUGCUUGCCUGCUACCUGCCUAUUUAUUUAUUUAUUUAUUUAUUUAUUUAUUUAUUGACUGACUGACCUUAUAUGGUCCCAUAUAAUAACUCUAGGUGGCUCUCACAACAAUCCCUAAAAAUAUGGUUGAAAACAACAGAAUCCUUCCCUCCAGGUUCCAGAUCAAGCAUCCUUGCAGCUCAACCCCAUCUUGGCCCAGUGCUUGGGGGAAGAGCAAGGUCUUCAUGAUCUCAGGUGGGAGGUCAUUCCAAAGGACUGGAUUGGUCUCCAAGAAGGCAGGUCUCUGAGCUCCCAUCAGGUGGCAACUUGGAGCACACUCACCCUAUUUGAUGUAGUAGGACAAACAGGAGAGACGAUCCCUGGUACCUUGUGCAUGGAAAUCUUUCAUUUGGUUAGUGGGCAUUUCCAAAUUUGAGGACCCAUUCUCCUCUGUAGUGCAAAGCAUAACCAAACUUAUGUGGAGUGUGUUCAGUUUUAAUGAGCUCCCUCCCGCUAAAAACAUCAUAGCUGUCGUUUCAAUACACACUUGGUAAUAUCAUAAGAUGACAGUAAACUUUGUGCGCUUUGGCAUUUUGUCAACCGAAGUGUAUGAUUUUUUUUUUUUAAACUACUUUCUGCAUCCAAUUUUUACUUGUAUAUUUUGGAUGGCAACAUCUGCCUUUAUGUCAUCUAAGAAGAAACAGUUGUAAAAAAAAAAAUCUGUAAAGGAAAGAGUUCAUGCUUGCUAUCGUAAAUGAGGAUACAUCAGUCAAAUCAAGGUGCAAUAGUUUCUUCAAAACAUUUGCCAUAUGGGGCAAAUUAUGUCACAUCAAAUAGUUGACAUGGUCAUAUUAGACUUCAGAAGGUAUCCCAGAAUGUCAUUGUUACCUGAUCUAGAGCACAUUGUCAAAGCCUGUACAAGAUGAACAUAUCCAAUAGUUUCAUGCCUGAAAAACAACACUGUGUCUUCAUUCUGUACAAAAAUACUAUGGGAAGAGCAUGGACCGUGUUCUGUGGUACAUGAGAUUAUAUCUUCUGCUUCACUUCAAGUUUGCUAGAUAUGGAUUUUGGGUCCCUGUAUGCCUUGUGGAUGCACACCCUUAAACAAAAGAAAGGAAAAAUUGUCCUGGAAAACACUAUGCUUUUCAUGAUAUACCGUAUAUACUCGAAUAUAAGCCGAUCCGAGUAUAAGCCGAGGUCCCCAAUUUUACCCCAAAAACUGGGGUAAACUGGGGACUCGAGUAUAAGCCGAGGGUGGGAAAUGAGGCACCUACCGGUUGGGGAAACCCUCCCUCCCUCAGCUGAGAA